AAAUCAGUCUGUACAAAUGCGCAGACAAUGAGCCAGUCAGUUAAUUGAGAGCCGCGAACGUGUAAAGACAUCGACGUCCGGGUCUUCGUUGAAUGGUAAGACGAAUACAAACGGAACGGAACGUCUUCAAGUUCUUCCGGUCGUUUUGAAUGGCAGUGAUUGUGUUUAGUAACAACAGUAAAAAAAAUUUUAAUAACAACAGUAAAAGUCAUGUGAAAAAAAAGAAUUGCAUAUUACCUAUUUGUUUAUGAUUGAAAAUUUCAAAAUCAUUGAUUAGAUAAACGAUCGUUGGUUGCUGGCAGCACUGUUGUGUUGUGUUAUUGUGAAAUUUCAAUUGCUGACGCCGUUGGUGCGUGUUAUCUUAAAACAAGUUACUGAUCCUCACGCGAUCCAUUAUAAUUAAUAGUUUUUGUGUUUCCCGUUUCUUUACAAAAUUCUAGUGUGUGUUGGCGAGUGCUUUUAAAAUUGCGCUCUCACUGAAAAAAUGUCUAACGUGUAAACUACUAGAUAAGUAACUAGAAAGUCUGCAAUAACUGAGACCGCUCAAAGCACACGAUCGCUGUUUAAUGUCUUUGAUUGUGCUCUACUUGCUGAUCGCGGCGGGCAGACACAUCGCGAGCGUGCAAGGCGAUAAUGAGACGCGCCAAACGGCAGUGCGGCGCUUGGUCAGCGCGCCAAUAUGUUGUCCCCUAGGCUGGUCGUUAGUCAAGAUCAAUAUGGGCUUCUUUCGACCCGAGAUCUACGAGUGCCGCAAUCUCGCGGAAGGCGACGCUGACAACAGCGCUGCUAGCGGUGACGCUAAGGAAACGCAAACCAGCGUUGACAUCUUCGAACGCACCGCGCCGGUCUACGGUUACCGCAUACAAGCGCCGGCGUUGGAUCAGGGCGGCAAUUAUAGCGGUCAGCUGCCGCAAUGUAAUCGCCAAACGUUCGUCUUUCUUACGGGCGACCGUGAGGUGGAGUUGCCAUCAAGUGCUUGUCUCGCCAGUGUCGAUCAACGUUUGGCGGCCGUUUAUUGCCCGCCAACGCGUGGUGAGGCGCUACAAACGCUUAGUGUGGUGCACAAGUGCUGCCCGCUGCAUUAUGUUUACGAUGCGGGUCAACAGAAAUGUGUACGCAUUGCGGGCACACCAAAUUUCCAGCGCUAUGGCAUAUUGUUACAAGAGUGGGCGAUCUUCGUCGACGAUGUGUUGGCGUGUCCGCAAGACAUGGCGCUGGUGGAGUAUCAAUUGCGUGGCAAGGAAGUGAAAUUCAUCGAUGGCAAAAUGGCGAUCGCCAUACGCGGCGAGUGGAAAAAGUUCAAGCUGCUCGAAUACUGCAUGGAGGCAAUUGAGGGUGCGUCCGUUUGGAGUGAUUUUGCCGAGCAACGGUAUAUAGUGCGUACCUGUCAGCCGCGCCGCGUCUGUCAGGGCGUCGCGUGCAUACGUCGUUGUUGCGCCGAUGGUGAAUUCUUUACGAAAGGCAACAGAACAUCCUAUUGCAAACGCGACGAGUCGGAUGUUAGUUUUCAUAGUUUCGAGAGUCUGCAGAUUACUGGCAACUUCACAAAACCCGCAGGAGACUUAAAGAAAGAGCCUUUGACGAGUCUGAUGCUUUUUGAGUUUGGUGAACACAUCCGAUUCGGUGAAGCCUUCUAUGUUUACACAUUCAACAAAAAAAGAUGA